GGGUGAACCUCUGUAAUGUUGGGGGUGGUGUCGAUGGAGUGGUGCGGAGGGUGCAUCGGGGUGUCGGUGCGUCCCCAGCGGCAAAGGGAGCAUGGAGACAUGGAUGAGCGUUGCAGUCCCCACUUGCCAGACGUCGUGCGACCACACCACGGUCCAUCUACCCCCAUCGUGAGACGAGGGGAAGAAGAGUCACAUCCGGCAGUGAUGGAUAUGCGUGGAGGAGAGGAUGGAAGGUCAAGUGGGGCAGGAAGUGUCGGAGGACGGGUGCAUGAGAGUGGCAGUGAGGUGGAUACAGGUCAUAAAGUCGCACAGCCUAAGGGAGGCAGUGUGUUGGGGAAAGGGAGAACUAUGACAUGGACGAUGGAGCGGCGCAUUGAUCGGGCGAGGUUCAUGAAGGAGGACGACGCCAUGAUGACAAUGGCGUCUGGUCGGCUCAAGCACGCGAGGAGGCCAUCAGUCGCCUGCGACAACACCAUGGCAUCGUCGAACUUGAAGGGUGGUGAAAGCGGUGUUCCUGAUAAGGAAACACCCCCUGGGCAUGGCUCGUCAGAAGGUGGGAGCCGUAGUGGUGCAAGUGCUCAAGAAUUGGACGGCUUGUGGAAGAAACGGUGUUGGUCAACGGGCAAAGAGUGCACUCAUGAUCACCCGCCAGUGUCAUAUAUGGAAAGGGUUGUGCUCGAUUCUAGUAUGGUGGUGCGUGAAGGGAUGGGCAUGGCGGCAGGUGCUCUUGCCCGGGCAAGCACAAAGGGUGGGAAGAUGGUUGCAACCCAAGUCGGCGUUGUCGACGUGUCGCAAGAGCCAUUGAGAAGGGAAACGUUGUGCUGCAACUUACCAACGACGCCCUAUGAUUUACAAAUUGAUGAUGGUGAUGAUGAUGAUGAUGUUGAUGAUGAUGAUGAUGAUGAUGAUGAUGAUGAUGUCGAUGAUGAUGAUGAUGAUGAUGAUGAUGAUGAUGAUGAUGAUGAUGAUGAUGAUGAUGAUGAUGACGCACCUCGCUCGCUCGACUUGAGCAUCUUUGCACUCUUUUGGAGCCGACUACAUGCCAGGAAUACACGUCCACUAGCACAGAGUUUCGGUGAUAUGUCGGGGCAAGGUGAUCAUCGUGACUAUGGAGGCAGCAACUAUGACCACGGGAGGAGUGGUCGCGAUCAAGGAGGCGGUGACCGUGAACGUGGUGGAAAACAUCGUGCCACCGUGGAUAUGGCCGUGACAGGGAGUACGGAAGCGACAGAGAUCAGAGCAGGUACUACGACCGUGGUGCACGACGGGGACCCCCUACUUGCUUUAAUUGUUGGGAACCAGGGCACUAUGCAAAUCAGUGCCCUCAUCCACGGAGGAAUUCUAAAUUCGGUAGGGGCAAUGCUGGUGACUACGGGGAAUCGAGUUCGCCGAGAAGAAUUGAUCAUCCCAGGCGUGCACAUCAGAGUGAUGAAUUGGAAUCUAGAGUCGCCGAGAUCGGGAAGAGUGUGGCAUCCGUCUGCCAAUAUGUCGAAAUUGAGCAGCAUAAAAAAAACAGCCAAGGAGCGGAGGAAAGCCGAGAAGAAGGAAGCCGAGGAGCGUGCAGCACCCGAGCGUAGGGAAGUCGAACUGAGGAAGAAGAAGAAGGACGCCAAAGCACACAAGGAAGCGGAGCAGAGGGAUGAGAUGCGCAAGUGCUUGGACAUUAAGAUGGCUAUGCGUGUGGGUGAGCUUCGUGAGGAGGUAAGAGAAGACGUACGACAGGAGAUCCGGGAUGCGAUCGGGGAGCUCUGUACGGGAGUGGCAUGUGGUAAACAGAAGGUUGCCCAGUCAGAAUCACUUGCCAGCAGUGCCAGCAGCAGCGAAACCGAGGAGCUGAACAUACGUACACGCAACCUGUCUCUUACGGAGAAGAGGAAAAGGGGACCAGAACCAGUAUUCGAGGGCAGCCCCCCUAUGGAACUACAACCUAAACGCACGCCUCGUCGUGCCCGAGGACAGGGUUAUGGAACACGGAGAGUGACGAGAACGAGGGGUGCAGCAAAGACACCGACUCCUAAGAAGACCCCGCCUUCUAUCCGAAAGAAGACUCCAGCGGCCAUUGGCUUAGUUGGGAGAUUGAGAUUCGAGAAGAAGGUGAUGAACGAUUUGAAGAGCCUUGACGCCCUGGUGCUGCAGAACAUCUGCAAAGACGAAGGUAUACCAUAUAAUGGCAAGUUCGAAUCCAUCUUCGAUAUUGAGGCACACCGUACGCGCGCAGCAUAUGGUUCUGACGAAGACGAUGAAGGUACUCCACCUCAGGAUGACACCGCGGAAACUGCCGAGGAUGAGGGUAAGACUUCUACGGACUGAUGUGGCUCAACCGCUUCAGUAUUGCCGAAUUGUGGAGGAUCGUACACUUCUUUAUCGAGAUUCGAACCUUGAUUAA